ACCUACAUAAGUAUUGUCAAGUACGGCGAGUCUGAAUCUUGAUCAAAGAGCGAAAGAACUUAAACAAUCAUUAUAUUUUUUCCCAUCUCGAACAUCAAAAUGGCACCAUAAAAUUAUCUGAAAAAUUCCUCGAUGUUAGAAAAUUUGGAGAAAGUGAUUGUCUUUUUUUUUCACAAACGCUUGUCAGUAUUGGAAAUAUAGUUGUACUAACCUAAAAAUAAUGGACAAGAACAGGCAAUUUCCUUGGAAGGAAACGGGUAUUACAGAUCCCAAGGAACGACUCAAGGCUGUUGCGGAGCACGCUUCGAAAGUGGAAAUUGAUCCGAAUAUCCCACCUGGAAGAUAUUAUCGCACUGGAGUGGAAAUGGUCAGAUUAGCAGACAUGCAUAUGCGAGAUGGCAGCUAUGAGAACGCUUUUGUACUAUAUAUGAAGUUUAUAACGCUUUUUGUAGACAAAAUUAGAAACCAUCCACAAUAUCGCAGUAUACCAACCAAGGAUAAGACGAUGAAUAAGCACACUUUAAGAACUGUCAUUCCUAAAACCGAAGAAUUGAAAAAACAGUUGCUGGAGCAAUAUCAAACAGAGUUGGACAAGUAUUUGGAAGAUUUGAAAGAGAGAGAAAAAAUCGAAAAGGAACGUUUGAGACAAGAAGAGCUUCAAAGACGAAAAGAAGAAGAAGAAAGAAGAAAUAAAAUGGCCGCUUCGGCUGCUGUUAGAACAGCGAAAGCUGCUACCAGUGUAAAUAUGCCAGAUGUCGUGCCAAAGGAGAUGAAGGAAUUGCCCUCUGUGACAUCCAAGAAUGGAAGCCCUAUGAGAAAUGAUAAAGCACUCAAGGACAUAAAAAGGCCGACGGUGGAUCGUUCUACAAAACCUUCCUUAUUGACGAGCGAUGGAUUAUCCUUGCGCGAUGUUAUCCUGCCAACUAAAUUAAUGCACGACUUUCUAACGCUCGCCUUUAGCAACACGAUGAGCAAUAAAGAAACAUGUGGUAUUCUGGCUGGCAGAUUGGAACGAAAUAAAUUGUUGGUGACACAUCUACUGAUUCCAGAACAAACUGGCACUCCGGAUUCCUGCACCACUCACAAUGAAGAGGAUAUCUUUGAUUAUCAGGACCAGCACAACCUUAUCACCCUUGGCUGGAUUCACACACAUCCCACACAAACUGCAUUUUUAUCAAGUGUGGAUCUGCACACACACUGCGCUUAUCAGCUUAUGAUGGCCGAGGCGAUAGCGAUAGUCUGUGCACCCAAGUACGACGAAACAGGAUUCUUUAUGUUAACGCCGGAUUAUGGCUUGGAUUUUAUUGCAAAUUGCCGACAAACAGGAUUUCACCCCCAUCCUACUGAACCACCACUGUACAUGAAAGCAGGACAUUGCAAAUUGGAUGUAACUGCAUUCAUUGAAGUCGUAAACUUACAAAGAAAAUGAUACAUGUCGGAUGCGCGCAGGAUAAUUAUAUAUUUUAUCGAUAUAUUUUUACAAUAAUUAAAACUACAGACGCACCUUACAAUAAAAAUUGCGAAUCUUGUUACAUGAUUAGCACAUAAAUGCGCUAAUGAUAAAAUGUACAAUCAAUGAAUAAUUUAAUCAUGCUGAAAAUAUUAUAUAAAUUAUAUUAAUAUUUAAAAAAGAAAAAAAAUAUGUUAUAAAUUUACAAUAAAAGAUUUAUAAUAUAUUAUUUCUGUAGACAGUGAUAAAGGAUUUUAAAAAAGAGAUUACUAUUAUACUGAAAGAAGAGAAUCAUUAUAAAGAAUAAUUAUCAUUAAUUAAAUAAUUAUUAU